AUGAAGGUCUUUGUGUGUCUUCUUGCGCUGGUCGCGACCACCCAGGCUGGCUUCCUCGGAGGCCUUGGAGGCUUCGGCGGCGGCGGCGGUGGCGGCCACGGAGGCGGCGGCUGGUCUAGCGGCGGCGGUGGACACGGAGGCGGCGGCUGGUCCAGUGGCGGAGGCGGCCAUGGGGGAGGAGGAUGGUCUAGCGGCGGAGGAGGUGGCUGGAAGUCCUCCGGCAGCUUCGGCGGCCACGGAGGCGGAGGCUAUGGCGGCGGCGGCCAUGGAGGCUGGUCCGGCGGAGGCGGAGGACAUGGCGGUGGCGGUGGCGGAAAAGUGAUCAAAGUGAUCAAGAUCAUCUCGUCCGGCGGCCAUGGAGGCGGCGGCGGUGGCCACGGAGGCGGCUAUGGCGGCGGUGGCCAUGGAGGCUGGUCCGGCGGAGGCGGCGGAUGGUCCGGCGGUGGCGGCGGACACGGAGGCGGCGGCUGGUCAAGCGGAGGCGGCGGCGGAUGGUCCAGCGGCGGAGGAGGAGGCGGCGGAUGGUGGUAA